CAAAGCUCUGGCUGGGGUGAUCUAGUUGGGGAUGGUCUUGCUUUAAGCAGGGGGUUGGACUAAAUCCUGAGGUCCCUUCCAACCCUAACUUUCUAUGAUGCUAUGAUUCUAUGUAUGAAAUUCCUUCAUCCUUCUCUUCUCUAUACUCAGUAAUCCCAGUUCCUCAUACAUCCUGAUUUCUAGAUCUCAAUUUUUUAUUGUUACUCUCCUCUAUACUCUUUUCAAUUUAUUCACAUCUUUUUUAAAGUGGAGUGCCCACAACUGGAUAUUGUAAUCCAGGUGAGGCCUCACCAGUGCCAAAUACAGUGGAAGAAUUUCUUCCAAUGAUUUUCAUAUGACACUCCUGUUAACAGAUCCCAACUUGAAAUGACCUGUUUACAACAAUACUACACUGCUGACUCUUAUUCUGCUUGCAGUCCUCUAUAGCCCUCAUGCCCUUUUCUGCAAUACUGCUGCUUUGCCAACUGCUCCCAUUUUGUAUUUGUGCAUGGACCUAACAAAAAAAGGAAGAUGGAAACUGAGGAAUUCCUCAGAGAAAAGUCCUAAAACCCUGCUUACAAUGAAGUGAUAGUGCCUCUUUAUUCAGUAUUGAUUAGGCCUCAUCUAGAGUAUUCUGUACAGUUUUGGGCUUCACAUUUUAAAAAGGACAUGAAAAAGUCAGAGAUGGUCCAGAGGUGGGCAACAAACAUAAUAAAGGGCUUGUAAAUCAUAUAAGGAAAGGUUGAAAAAAAAAGGCAUGUUUAGCUUGCAGCAAAGGUGUUUAAGAGGGGACAUGAUGGAAGUCUUUAAAUACCUGAAGGGCUACCAUAAAAAGAGGGGAAAAGCCUUUUCUCUCUUGCUGCAGAGAGCAGAGCAUAGACCAAUAGUUGAAGUUACAGCAAAGUAGGUUUAGAUACCAGGGGAAAAUUAUCUGUUAGAAUUGUGAGGCAGCGGAAUAGACUGCCUAAGAAAGGUAUUUCCUUCUGGAUUUCCUUUCCUUCUUGGUGGCACUCAAGAAGAAGCUGGAUAAGACACUAGUCAAGUAGGUUCUAGGAGUAGCUAUGUCUGUGCUUUGCAUGGGUAUUUACCAUGGUUCUGGACUUUGCUGGUUGUCACAAGAGGCUGAGAAGUAGUUUUUCAGCUGUCAUGUUACUAUAUGUGCAGAGGGUUGAGGGGGUUUGUUCUCAGAUGCAUUAGGUCAACGCUUCCCAAACUUUUCCUCAGCAUGACUCCAUUUCCUCAGCAUGGCCCCUCACUCCCACCUUGCAGCCCCCUAGCCCUGCCAGUGCUCCUUACUCCCAAACCUCAGCCCCCGACCCGUGCAGGUGCCCUAGAACCAGGGCCCGCAGCCCUCUCCCCACCCCCGCAGCAGCAUCCGAGCCCCAGCUGCUGCCUCCAGAAGGCAGCAGCUGCUGCAGCUGGAGAGGAGUGGAGCCCAGCUCCUCCCCACCCAGCAUGCAGGCGGAGCCCAGCUCCUCCCAUGCAGGUGGCAGAGCUGAAGCAAAGCCUGAGGUGGGGGGGAGGAUGUGGGCUGCCUGCUGCAGGCCUGGGGCUCCCUGCCCUACUACCUUUCCCCUGGGGGGCUCCACAGCCCAGCAGGCAGGACCUGGAGUGGGAAGGAGCACUGCACCACCAUGGCCAUCAAACUGAGGCGCCCCCUCCCUGCCCAGCAGCAGCAGGAGUACAACCCUGUGCUGCUGCCGCUGCUACACCACAUGGUGGCCUUUGGUGGCCAUGGUGGUGCGGCACUCCCUCCUGUGCUGGGUCCCACCCACUGGGCUGGGCUCCUGCCCAGAGCUGGUCUGGCCCGGCUGCAGCCCCAUGCCCUGCUGUGGGCACAGAAAUUUCAGGGGGCAAGUCCCCACUCUGCUGCAUUGCCUUGCUCCCGACCUUCUUCCACUGCAUCGCCUGUGCUCCCCCACCCAUCAAUGCAUUACCUGUGCCCCCUCCUCUCCGCCCCCAUAGACUUCCCUGGAAGGAACUGCAGAAGCUGCUCUCCACUGCUGCUUGGCUGCUACAUGCAUGUACAUGUACACAUGCAUGUGGCACCCCCAGCCUCCGUUUGCCCUCCCCUUAGCCCCAAGAAGUCCUUUGCAGGCUGGAACUCUACAAGCCUGCAAGGGGAAACCUGUCCCUCUGUUUUUCUCCUUUAAAGAAGAAAAUCUGUAUUUCUCCACAGUGAAUGGAAAACCCAGAUCCCUAUUUAUCACAACCCCAUCCACUGAUGUUGCAACCCUAUUUGGAGUCACAACCUGCAAUUCUUGGCUAGUAGGUCCUGCACUUCCACUCACGGUCAAACUGAUCACCAUACUUGGGGUCUGAAAGAAAUUUUACUCCAUAGUCAGUGUGACAGGCCCCUCCUGACUCACCUUGGCAUUGCAACCCAGUUGGUUGCGCUACAGUCAAGCCAGCCAUCACCAUGCCAAACAAGAGAGCUCCACCGAAUGGCCCAGGGCCCAGAGGCAACAGGUUAAAAGCAGGCCUGGAGACAGAGGCUAGCGAGGAGCACACCAGAGCACUGAAACAAAUCCAAAUACUCUCCCCGCUACUGGAAGAGACUCAGUGCCCAGAAAAGUGGCUCAUACCUGUCCUGCCGCCAUGAUGUCCAGGAAAAACCCAGAUGCUCACCUCACUGCUGGAAGAUGACCGGCUGCUUUCCCCAAGGCCAAAACACCCAGGAAAGUGGUGGAUGCUUUCCUUACUGGUGGAGCACUAGGGACCCAGCUGGAUGCCAGCCCUCCCAAUGUGGUCAGUAAACAGCUCAGCACAGACACAAUGGGAUUCCGCCAUAUGCAUGGAGGACUGCGCAGAAGCACACAGGUCAGGUGGGACUGGGAGAUGGCAUCCCAGUUGGACAGAAGGGAGACAGCCAGGGAAGAAGCCCAGGUAGAGGGCCCCCCAACAAUGUGUGCCCAGCUGGUACGCCUGUAGGUUUGGAGCGUGCCAGCAGGAGACUGGUGGAAAAGUGAGCCUCAUGCAGGCACGGCAGUGACCACCAUGAGGCAAUGCUAUAUCUGGCCCAGAGCCAGGAUGGGAAGUACCCAUGCAAGAAGGGCUACCUGCCAGGAGACAUAGGGGGCCCAAAGUUGCAUGAGUAAGGGGUACACCAGGCACCGAAUCAACCCACACCCAAGUAGAGGAUUGCUUGGCGUAAAGGCAUUGUUUCCCUGGACUCUCAGGGAACCACUGAUCAUCACCUCCAGGCAAGUGAAAGUAUAUCCUGCAUAAACAACAAGUCAUGGCAGGUGAAUAAGCCCAGGUGCAACGUGACCCAUGGGGGUGGAACAUGCCCUUGGGCCCAUUGGCAACUGUGUAAGGUAUGACCCUGUCCUAGUCAGAUUGGUACAGAUUGUGGGUGUUUUGGCCUUCCUCUGUAGGUAUGGCUGCCCUCUUUGGAUCUUUCAAACAUAUUUUAACAACUUUUGCAGCAGCAAGAUACUGGCCACCCUUGUUCCCCUGCUUUAUCUGUGGUAGAUUAGGGUGUUAUGCUAUGUGGUUGUAUUGGGGUUGACUGUAGUUUUACUAAUAGGUUAGACAACAGAUUUGCAUAGGAUGGUUUGGAUAGGGGUGUUCCUGCCUCUGGAGAGGGCACUGGACUAG